AUGACGCUGCAUGUUGGCAAGCUGGACAUCGCUCCCAGCCAGAGCCCAACCGAAGGAAGGGACAUAGGGAUCAGAGCUUGCCGCGAGAUCGACAUCCGGAAACGGGGCCUCCCGCGCCCUGGCACGCUGCCCUCGCCACUCCGGCGUCUCCCUCCAGCUGCUGCAGCACCCAGGAUAGGGCCCCCCGCUGCAGGCAGAGAAGCAGAGCAAACUCUGAGGCUGGAGGCCACGCUGGACCUCGCUGAGCGGCGCCAGAUCCGCUCGGCCAUCCGGGAGCUGCGGCGCCAGGAGCUGGAGCGGGACGAGGAGGCUCUGGCAUCCAAGCGCUUCCGCUCGGAGCGCGGCAGCCGCCGGCAGGAGAACAAGGAGAACUGGCUGCGGUCUCAGCGGCUGGAGGAAGAGCAGCAGAAAUCCCUGGUGCUGCUCUCCGGGAAGCUCGACUCCAUCACAGACGUGGAGGAGCUGACGGCUCUGCUGCGAGGAGCCGGCGAGUACGAGGAGCGCAAGCUGAUCCGGGCCGCCAUCCGCAAGCUGCGGGCCAACGAGAUUGAGGCUGCAGCCUCGGCAGGGAGAGCCCACAACAGCCGGAAAGGGGAAAAUGAGCCACUGGCCUCCAAGGGGAAGGAGAGCUCGGAUGGGGGCAGCUCCCGGGCACAGGUAGAGGACCUGGAGGAGCGGGAGCGCAUCCGGGCUCAGAUCCGGGAGCUACGCAGUGAGCAGAGGGAAGAGCCCCACAAACCGGAUGCCCAGGACCCGGCCUCGGGGACCCUGCUGCUCCUGGACCCGCUGCAUCCCCCGCGCUGCUCCUCGUCCUCGGAGCUGGAGCCGCAGCAGAGAGCCGAGCCCCCGGAGCGCAGCUCCCAGAGCCCUGAGCCCGGCCCAGGGGCAGAGCAGCCCUGCGCACAGGAGGGGGACGGCCAGGGGCUCGGCCAGCCAGAGGCAGGGGGCAGUGGGGAGCCCAGCCAGGGCGGGCCAGAGCAGCAAGAGGCACCUGCAACCACGGGCGACAGCUGCCCAGCGGAGGAGACUCGCCGGAGGCUGCCCAGCGACGGGAGCCAGAGCAGCCAGGUCAGCGUCUGUGUCAAAAGCCAAGUGCCCGAGAAGCCGGCCAGCUCUGCCAACAAGACGACGCGAGCUGCACCCACCCAUGAUGUGCCAGGAACCCCUGCCCGCCAGGAUCUCCACCGCUACGCCCACAUGCCGUCUGCGCCGUACUCCCCGCUCCCGGCCCGCAGCACUGAGCCCGCGCGGGAGCAGCCCUUCCAGAGAGCCAACUCGGUGCGGGAGCGCGUCCGCAAGUUCACCUCGGACUCCCUGGCCCAGCCUGGUCCCAGGUCCUGCAGCCAGAAGUGGGAGAGCCCUGGCAAAGGCUCCUGGGUCCUGCAGCAGCAGCUCCUGCGUCCCCAGGGUGCCUGGGGUUCCCAGGCGGGCAGUGCCCAGCGCACAGCAGACUUACCCAGCGGUCCCCGGUGCGGACUCAGCCCGGCGCCACCGGGCCAUGCUGCCCUCCGGGGAGCCAAGGAGGGCUCGGGGGGCCCCCCAGCCAGCAGCCGUGCCGAGCACCACACCUCCUCCACGGAGGCACAGGCUGCGAUGGCUGGGGGCCCAGCCUGCCCUAAAGAGGAGGGCAGCUCUGUGGGGAGGAGCCAGGCUGGCCAAUCGCAGGGCGGCCGGCUGACGUCCCCCCAGAGGCCCAUUGAAAAUGCCGAGGGAAGCUCGUCCGGCACAGAGGAGCCUGGCGCCCAGCACGCUGCCUCUCUGCCCAGCUGCCCGGCCCAGCCCCAGCCUCCUGCCUGCGGCACCAAGGCCAGCGCCAGGGACGAGGACACCAUGAAAACGCUCUUCACCAUCGAGAUCAAGGAUGUCAGGGCCCAGCCCGUCAGCAGCCGCAUCGUGGGCGUGCCGGGCAGCCAGCGGGCAGAGCUGACCCUGGGGCUGCGGAGUUCACCCAUCCGGAUCAGCAGCAGCAGCACCGCUAGCGGCACCGGCAGGGUCAGCACAGCCAGCAAGAUGGAGGCAGAGCUGGUGGAGCAGCCCCAGGUGCCGGUGCCAGAGCCGGAGCUGGAGCUGCCCAAUGGGAUGGAGAAGGCCCAGGCGAGGGAGCCGGAGAAGAGGAGCAAGCUGAGUGCUGAGGAGCUGAGCAGGAUCGAGGAGGAGGACGUGCUGGAUAAGAUGCUGGACCAGACGUCGGACUUUGAGGAGCGCCGGCUGAUCCGCUCUGCCAUGCGGGAGCUGCGCCAGAGGAAGAGAGAGCAGCGAGACAAGGAGCGGGGCCAGCGGCUGCAGGAGGUGAAGAGCCAGGCCGCAGCGGGGAAGACAGGCCAUGCCACCGAGACCACCACCCGGCAGAGCGCCCAGUCGGCUGAUGGCUCGGCCCGCCACACGCUCACCAAAACCGAGCACCUCGUCCAGUCCAAUGACGGCACCAAAACCUCCCGGAUGACGACAGUGGAGUCGAGCUACACAAAGAGAUCGGAGAAUGGCAGCACGUUUGUCCAGACCAAAUCCUCCUACAGCUCCUCAUCCAAGAAGGUGGGCAGCAUCUUUGACCGCGAGGACGAGAGCAGCUCGCGCCAGGGCAGUCUGGCCGCUCUGGAGCGGCGCCAGGCCGAGAAGAAGAAGGAGCUGCUGAAGGCUCAGAUUCUGCCCAAGACGUCGGCCACACAGGCGCGAAAGGCCAUGAUUGAGAAGCUGGAGAAGGAGAGCGGGAGCCCCUCGAGCCCGGCCAUGUCGCGGGUGGCCGUGCAGCGCUCCUCCAGCUUCGGCGUCCCCAACGCCAACAGCAUCAAGCAGAUGUUGCUGGACUGGUGCAGAGCGAAGACCCGGGGCUACGAGCACGUGGACAUCCAGAACUUCUCCUCCAGCUGGAGCGACGGCAUGGCCUUCUGCGCCCUCGUCCACAACUUCUUCCCCGAGGCCUUCGACUACACACAGCUGACGCCCCAGAACCGCCGCCGCAACUUUGAGGUGGCCUUCUCCUCGGCAGAGAUGCUGGUUGACUGCAUGCCCCUGGUGGAGGUGGAAGACAUGAUGAUCAUGGGGAAGAGGCCAGACUCCAAGUGCGUCUUCACCUACGUGCAGUCCCUCUACAACCACCUGCGGCGCCAUGAGUUACGCUUGCGGCAGAAAGAGUUCUAG